AUGUCCGCUCGAAUGUUAAAGCUGGUCACGGCACGCCUAUCGCCUAGGAGGCAUUUUGGCCCGCUUGCUCUUCUUCAGUCUCGGCGGACGUUCGGCUGCACGGCGACAAGGCGACAGGAGCAAAGCGACGCGUUGGGCAAACGAUGGAAGGACACGGCCGAGACGGUUGUCAUCGGAGGGGGUUGCGUGGGCGUCAGCGUGGCCUACCACCUGGCCAAAAGCGGCAUGAAGGACGUUGUGCUGCUGGAAAAGUCUGAACUGACCGCAGGUUCCACUUGGCACGCGGCUGGGUUAACCACCUAUUACCACCCUGGCAUCAACCUAAAAAAAGUCCACUACGACAGCAUUAAGCUGUACGAGCAGCUGGAAGCAGAGACCGGACAGGCUGUGGGCUUCCACCAGCCAGGCAGCGUUCGGAUUGCCUCGACAGCCGCCCGCGUGGACGAGAUGAGGUACCAGAUGACUCGCACCCACUGGCACGUGACGGAGCAGUACAUGAUCGGGCCCGAGAAGGUCCAGGAGCUCUUUCCUUUGCUCAAUAUGGAUAAGGUCUUGGCCGGACUGUACACCCCGGGAGAUGGCCACAUCGACCCAUACUCUCUGACCAUGGCGCUGGCGGCGGGCGCUCGCAUGUAUGGCGCCCAAAUCUACAACCCCGCCCCCGUCACAGGACUCACGCCCACAUCUGACGGCAAAUGGGACGUGCAGACGCCUCACGGCACUAUCAGGGCCAAUCGUGUCGUCAAUGCCACAGGUUUCUGGGCCCGUGAGGUGGGGAAGUUAAUUGGCUUUGACCAUCCAACCAUUCCAGUCCAUCACCAGUACGUCGUGACAGCGACCGUGCCGGAGGUAAAGGCUCUGAAAAAGGAGCUCGCCGUCAUCCGAGACCUGGAGGGCUCUUACUACCUGCGCCAGGAAAGAGAUGGCCUUUUGUUCGGGCCUUAUGAAAAGAUGGAGAAGAUGGUGCUGCAAGACUCUUGGGUUAGAGACGGCGUACCCCCAGGUUUUGGAAAGGAGCUGUUUGAAUCUGACCUGGAUCGGAUCAUGGAGCACGUGGAAAUGGCCAUGGAGAUGGUCCCCGUGCUAAAGAAAGCAGAUAUCAUCAAUAUUGUAUCCGGCCCGAUCACGUACACCCCGGACCUGCUGCCAAUGGUCGGACCGCAUCAAGGAAUUCGGAACUACUGGACCGCCAUCGGAUUCGGAUAUGGAGUGAUCCAUGCCGGCGGUGUUGGGAAAUUCCUGAGCGACUGGAUUAGAAAUGGCGAGCCUCCUUACGACCUGAUUGAGUGCGACCCCAACCGUUACUCGAGCUGGGUCGACGUGCCCUUCCUUUGCGCCAAAGCCAGAGAAUCCUAUGGCUUUAAUAAUGUGGUCGGCUACCCCAAGGAGGAGCGCUUCGCCGGACGACCGACCUACCGGAAGAGUGGCGUUUACGAUCUUCUCCAGGACAAAGGCUCCAUGGGCUUCCAUGCCGGCUGGGAACAACCCCAUUGGUUCUACAAACCGGGAGACGAAACCGGAUACAAACCCAGUUUCAGACGCACGAACUGGUUCGAACCUGUCGGUCGAGAGUGCAAACUGGUGAUGGAGAAGGUGGGAGUAAUAGACCUGAGCCCUUUCGGCAAAUUCACCGUGAGAGGCAAGGACUCUCUCAAGUUACUGGACCGCCUGUUCGCUAACACCAUGCCCAAGGUGGGUCAGACAAACAUCAGCCACAUGUUGACACCCACCGGGAGAGUCUAUGCCGAGGUCACGAUCACCCAGUUAACGCCUGGAGAGUUUUUGCUCAUUACCGGCUCGGGAUCGGAGCUACAUGACCUCAGGUGGAUAGAAACGGAAGCGGCCGUCGGCGGCUACGACGUCGACAUCGUCAACGUGACGGAAGAAAUUGGCGUGCUGGGGGUCGCCGGGCCAAAUUCUCGGAAGGUCCUUCAGAAGCUCACCCAAGAGGACAUGAGUCAUUCGGCCUUUAAAUUUCUCCAGUGCAAGUUCAUCCAAUUGGCCGGUGUUUCGCUGCGAGCCAUCAGGAUCUCUUAUACAGGCGAACUAGGAUGGGAGCUGUACAUUGACCAGAAGGACAUGGCGACGGUGUACCAGGCCAUCAUGGAAGCGGGACGAGAGGAAGGCAUCGACAACUUCGGCACCUACGCCAUGGCUUCCCUCCGGCUGGAGAAGGGCUUCAGAGGAUGGGGAGCUGAGAUGAACUGUGACACCAACCCACUGGAAGCGGGCUUAGACUAUUUCAUCAAACUCAACAAGCCGGCGGACUUCAUCGGCAAGGCGGCACUUCAGGAGAUAAAAGCCAAGGGCCUGAAGAGGAAGUUGUCUUACCUCGCGGUGGAGACGGACGACAUUGACCCGGAAGGCAAUGAGACUGUGUGGCACCAAGGCGAGGUGGUCGGCAAUACCACGUCGGGGGCUUACAGCUACAACGGCCGGCACAGCCUGGCGUUCGCCUACCUCCCUGUGGGGCUCUCCUCAGUGGGCCAGAAGGUGGAGGUGGAGUUGCUGGGAAAGAAAUACCCAGCCUCGGUAAUCCAGGAGCCACUGAUGCUCACCGAGCCUACACGGACUCGCCUGCAGAACAAAGCCAAGAGCAAAGCUUAA